CCGCGGCCCGAGUGUCCCCUCCUCCCUCUGUGUCCUGGGCCGGGGUUCCUCCGAAGGCCCUGCAGGCUGUGGGGGGCGGGGGCCGGAGUCUGGCUUCCCUGUACCUGCGGUUGGGAAGGCCCAGGUGAGGCACCUGUGGUGCCCGGGGGUGCCUGGGGGGCGCUGGGCACUUGCAGGGGCCGCGCCCUUGGCCGUGCGCCCACCCCGCUUUGGCUAGCCCCCGUUGCCUCUGUCUCCACCCGCCACUAAGACCUCGGAUCCAAGGCUUGGCUCAUGAUUGACAGUUCAGAGAGAGAAACAGUUGAGGGAGGAUGGAUGCAAAAGCUCGAAACUGUUUAUUACAGCACAGAGAAGCUCUGGCGAAGGACAUCAAGACAGCCUGCGUCAUGGAUCACAUGGUUAGCGAUGGAGUUUUAACGUUAGCGGAGGAGGAGAGAGUGAAAAGUGAGCUCACUCAACGUCAACGAGCAGCUAUGCUAAUUCAAAUUAUACUUAAAAAAGAUAAUAAUUCCUAUAUAUCAUUCUACAAUGCACUACUUUGUGAAGGGUAUAAGGAUCUUGCUGCCCUUCUCUACAGUGGUAUUCCUGCUGUCUCUCCUUCCGGUAGCAAAGAUAGAGCUGGAGGAAUAACUUCCUAUGUAAGGACAGUGCUGCGUGAAGGUGGGGUACCCCAGAGACCAGUUGUCUUUGUUACAAGGAAGAAGCUGGUAAAUGCAAUUCAGCAGAAGCUGUUCAAGUUGAAUGGUGAACCGGGUUGGGUCACCAUCUAUGGAAUGGCAGGGUGUGGCAAGUCCGUAUUAGCUGCCGAAGCUGUUCGAGAUCAUUGUCUCUUAGAAGACUGCUUCCCAGGAGGAGUGCAUUGGGUUUCAGUUGGGCAGCAGGAUAAAUCUCAGCUUCUAAUGAAACUGCAGAAUCUUUGCACGCGAUUGGAUCAGGGCGACAGUUUGUUCCAGAGACUUCCACUUAACAUUGAAGAGGCUAAAGACCGUCUCCGCUUUCUGAUGCUGCACAAACACCCAAGGUCUCUGUUGAUCUUGGAUGAUGUUUGGGAUCCUUGGGUGUUAAAAGCCUUUGACAAUCAAUGUCAGAUUCUUCUUACAACCAGAGAUAAGAGUGUUACAGAUUCAGUGAUGGGUCCUAAAUAUGUAGUUGCUGUGGAGAAUGGCCUAGGAACAGAAAAAGGACUUGAAAUUUUAUCCCUAUUUGUUAAUAUGAAGAAAACAGAUUUGCCAGAACAGGCUCAUAGUAUUAUAAAAGAAUGUAAAGGUUCGCCUCUUGUAGUGUCUUUAAUUGGUGCACUUUUACGUGAUUUUCCCAACCGCUGGGAGUAUUACCUCAGGCAGCUUCAGAAUAAGCAAUUUAAGAGAAUAAGAAAAUCUUCAUCUUACGAUUAUGAAGCUCUGGAUGAAGCCAUGUCCAUAAGUGUUGAUGUGCUCAGAGAAGACAUCAAGGAUUAUUACACAGAUCUUUCCAUCUUCCAGAAGGGUGUUAAGGUGCCUACAAAGGUGUUAUGUAUUCUCUGGGACAUGGAAACUGAAGAAGUGGAAGACAUACUGCAGGAGUUUGUUAAUAAAUCUCUCUUAUUUUGUGAUCGGAAUGGAAAGUCAUAUUGUUAUUAUUUACAUGAUUUGCAAGUAGACUUUCUUACAGAGAAAAAUCGUGGCCAGCUUCAGGAUCUACAUAAGAAGAUGGUCACUCAGUUCCAGAGGUGUCAGCAGCCGUGCACUCUGUCCCCGGAUCAGGAGGACUGCAUGUACUGGUACAACUUUCUGGCCUACCACAUGGCCAGUGCCAAUAUGCAUAAAGAACUUUCUGCUUUAAUGUUUUCUCUGAAUUGGAUCAAAGCAAAAACAGAACUUGUUGGCCCUGCUCAUCUGAUCCAUGAAUUUGUGGAAUACAGGCAUAUAUUGGAUGAAAAGAACUGUGCAGGCUGUGAAAACUUUCAGGAGUUUUUAUCUUUAAAUGGACACCUUCUUGGACGACAGCCAUUUCCUAAUAUCGUACAACUGGGUCUCUGUGAACCGGAAAGUUCAGAAGUGUAUCAGCAAGCCAAGCUGCAGGCCAAGCAGGAGGCCGAGGAUGGGAUGCUGUACCUGGAGUGGAUAAACAAAAAAGCCAUCAAGAAUCUCUCGCGCCUAGUUGUCCGCCCGCACACUGAUGCUGUUUACUGUGCUUGCUUUUCUGAGGAUGGUCAGAAAAUAGCUUCCUGUGGAGCUGACAAAACCUUACAGGUAUUCAAAGCUGAAACAGGAGAGAAACUUCUAGAAAUCAAGGCUCAUGAAGAUGAAGUUCUUUGUUGUGCAUUCUCUACAGAUGGAAAAUUUAUAGCAACCUGUUCAGUGGACAGAAAAGUAAAGAUUUGGAAUUCUGUGACUGGGGAACUGGUACGUACUUAUGAUGAGCACUCAGAGCAAGUCAACUGUUGCUGUUUCACCAACCACAGUCAGCACCUCCUCUUGGCCACUGGGUCAAACGACUUCUUCCUCAAACUCUGGGAUUUGAAUCAAAAUGAAUGCCGAAAUACGAUGUUUGGUCAUACCAAUUCAGUCACUCACUGCAGAUUUUCCCCGGAUGAUAAACUGUUGUCUAGUUGUUCAGCUGAUGGAACGUUAAAGCUUUGGGAUGUGAAAUCAGCGAAUGAGAUGAAAAGCAUUUAUGUGAAGCAGUUUUUCCUAACCUCAGAGGAUCCUCAAGACGAUAUGGAAGUAAUAGUGAGAUGUUGUGCGUGGUCUGCUGAUGGUUCUAGAAUAAUGGUGGCAGCAAAAAAUAAAAUCUUUUUUUUUGAUGCUUGUACCAGUGACCUGCUGGCAGAGAUCCAGACGGGCCGUCACAGCACCAUCCAGUACUGCGACUUCUCCCUCCGCAACCAUUUGGCAGUGGUGGCUCUCUCUCAGUACUGUGUGGAGUUGUGGAAUACCGAGUCGUGCCUGAAGGUGGCUGACUGCAGAGGACAUUUAAGUUGGGUUCAUGGUGUAACCUUUUCACCUGAUGGAUCAUCAUUUUUGACAUCUUCUGAUGACCAGACCAUCAGGGUCUGGGAAACAAAGAAGGUGUGUAAGAACUCAGCAAUAGUGUUAAAACAAGAAAUAGAUGUUGUUUUUCAAGAAGACAAAGUGAUGAUCCUUGCAGUUGAUGAUGUAAGACGCUUACAACUCAUUAAUGGAAGAACAGGUCAGAUUGAUUACCUGACUAAAGCUCACGUUAGCUGCUGCUGCUUGAGUCCGCAUCUUCAGGAUGUUGCGCUUGGACAUGAAGAUGGAACCAUCAAGAUUCUAGAGCUUCCAAACAACAAAAUCUUCCAAUCCAGGACUGGGCACAAGAAAGCUGUACAGCACAUCCGGUUCACAGCGGAUGGGAAGACUGUCAUUUCAAGUUCGGAUUCUGCGAUUCAGGUGUGGAAUCGGCAGUCGGAGGAGUAUGUCUUCCUACAAGCCCAUCAGGAAGCCGUGACAGACUUCAGGCUCCUGAGAAAGUCGAGACUGCUUUCUUGGUCGUUUGAUGGAACAGUUAAGGUAUGGAAUAUUAUUACUGGAAAAAUAGAGAAAGACUUUGUCUGCCACCAGGCUACAGUGCUCUCUUGUGCUGUUUCUUCCGAUACUGCCAAGUUUUCUUCUACCUCGGCUGACAAGACUGCAAAGAUUUGGAGUUUUGAACUCCUUACCCCUCUUCAGGAAUUGAGGGGCCACAGUGACUGCGUGCGCUGCUCUGCCUUUUCCGCGGACAGCUCCCUGCUGGCGACAGGAGAUGACAAGGGGGAAAUCAGGAUAUGGAAUGUCUCCAGUGGAGAGCUGCUUCACCUGUGUGCACCCAUUCCAGGAGAAGAGGGCGCUGCCACCCAUGGAGGCUGGGUGACCGACAUUUGCUUUUCUCCAGAUAGCAAAAUGCUUGUCUCUGCUGGAGGAUAUCUAAAGUGGUGGAAUGUUGUCACUGGGGAAUCCUUACAGACCUUCUAUACAAAUGGAACCAAUCUUAAGAAGAUACACGUGUCUCCUGACUUCAAAACAUAUGUGACUGUUGAUAAUCUUGGUAUUUUAUACGUUUUACAGGUUUUAGAGUAAAAUAGGUAAGCAUUAAUGUAAGUUGAACUCUUUAAUUUUUGAAUUAGAAAAAAUUGUAGUGAAGCUUUAAUCAGCUUUUUACAGAUCUGUGAAUUGUUUUGCAGUGUUGCAUUUAUUACAAAAAUGUUUGUUGUAUGAAUGAUAUUAAUACACAUUUUCCCAGAUGGACACCUUUAAUCUUGUUUUUCAUGAUCAUUAUCAUUCAGUUUUGUCCUAGAGAUGCAAAUGAAAAUGUAAAUACAUACCUUGUUAUGUACUAUUGGUAAAAGUCUUAAUGCACUCAAAUUGGUUGAUAUAAUUUAUGAAAUCAUCGGAGUGCAGUCUGUAUUCUAACAGUGUUAUAAAGCAGGCUGUGCCUCAGGGCCACGGUGACGUGCUGUCGGAGCUCAGACCUCACGUAUGUGGGCUCUACUCCCGAUACAAUCUUGGGAGUUUAUUUGCACUCCCUAAGCUACUUGUUUUAAGAAUACUGUAUCUGUGUGCACAGUCUGCAACAUUUCCUCUAAUCGACUCAGUAAAUGAGUCUUAGAUUUUAGUAGGUCUUUCUGUGGAGCAGAAAUCAAGUGUUAGAGUGGGUCUCACUGGCUGAUGGCAGGCCCAUGCCCUCAGCGGGCUCUUGCUGCCAGUCUCUGACCUGGAGCCCGUCCUGCUCUCUGUUCUAUCUACUGGAUUUCUUACCUGAGAGACUUGACUGUCCUAACCCUCACUUUUUUUUUUUUUUAAAGCAGUUGCUCCAUAAUUAAAUGUUAGUAAAUGAAAAUUUUGUGGCUCGUAUGGGGAGAGCCAGUUGUAGCCGUAAGUUGUAAUGGCAUUUUUAUAAAAAUAUGAAAUAGUAAGAUACUUUUCUUGUAAUCCUACUUCCUUUCAGAUGAAUGGCAUUGUCAUUGCUGUUCUCAGUGAAUCUCUGGGAAUUCUCUGGUUUUUUGGUUUAGCUCCAGGGUCGCUGUGACUGGAGGGUGCUGCCCUUGACCUUCAACUGGCUGGUUUCCCUUCUCUCUCUGUGUCUUCCUUGACUUUUUUCUAUUUUUCUCCCCCUAUUCCUUCCAAGGUUAAUCAGGAAAGACACUUUUUGACACUAAAAAAACAAAACAAAAACAGGACCCCCCCAACUUGUCAACAUCAAAAAUGAGCUGUUUUUGACCUCCUGAUUAGAAACUUUAAGUGAAACUGAAAUCUAGACAGUUCACCUGAAAUGUAUUUUACGGGCGAUGGAGAUAAAGUAAGGACAGUGGCAAUGAUGUGACUUUCAUAAGAAAGAUUCAUGUUCCCGCAGUGAGGAUUCCUAAAUGAGGGUCGGUGAUAUUGGUGCAUAAGCAGUGAGCCUCUUUCUGUCCGUGGGGCCUGUUAACAGAUGAGCAGUCAGCCACCAAGCUGGAGAUCAGGGUUUUUUGUUUGUUUUUUUUUUGUUUACCUAAUGUAUUUUAGAUUAGAUAAUCCUGUUGUAGCAUUUGAGGGAACCAUAAAUACAGUGAAUAAAACCGUUUACAUUAUUAAGGGUUUUUUAAGUAGUAAGCAGAGGAACUUAACUGUGGCCGAAUAAAAUGUGAUCAAUGCAAAUCUUAAUUUUUGAAAAUUUUUCUAAGUAGUUAGAUUCUGUGUAGUCUACCCAGAUUAUAUCUUAAUGUGUAUACAGUGCUUAGGGACUCGUCUGUAGCUGAAAGUAUAAAAUAGUGACUUUCAGAAUUAAAAGCCACAUGUUGGUCAAAGUUUAACAUGUGUCAGCUUUUAAAAAGCCUUGAUUGAUUGGCCCAUGUCUUCAAAAGAACGAUGAGCAGAAAAAGAAGGUAAAAAAGAAAGAAGAGGUGCUUCAUAUGAUGGAGCUGCAGGUUUCAUGAUCGCUUAUGGGCUCAGUCAGAAGAGAAUUGUUGUUUUGUGGCAUUUUCUUUAGUUUACUUUUUCUUAAGAGAAAUUACAUUAGAUUUUUUUUACAUGUAUGUGUCUUGUAUGUUUUGAAAAAAGUUUUAUAUUCUAUGUAUAGACUUGUUU